CGGUCGGAGGAGGAAGAGGAAGAGGGAGGGAGGAAGGAGAGGAAGAGGGACUUGGGCCAAGACACGUAAUUCACCCCCUUUUCUCUUGGCGCCAAUCUGGCGGAGAAAAAAAAAACUAUUUUGGGGUUUUAUUUUUUUUGGUCGUUUGGUCAACUUUAGUGAAAUCAAUCGUGAGCAUAUUAUUUUGUAGCCAGUGGCGCGAGGUAGUUUGCUAAAUCGCUGUAGCAUUUUUACAUAAUCUUGCCCCCUUUUUCCUUUCUCUCCCCCAAAGAAACCUCAUUCACUGAGCGACUAAGUUAGCUUGAUAGCAACAGCAAGACACAGCGGUCGUUUACAACAAAACAGCGACAUGGGGAGGAAGUCAAACAAAGCGAAGGAGAAGAAGCAGGCUCGCCUGGCGGAGAGGGCAGCCAUGGAUGCAGUGUGUGCCAAGGUGGACGCAGCCAAUAAGCUGGACGACCCUUUGGCUGCUUUCCCAGUCUUCAAAAAGUAUGACAGAAACGGAUUGAAUCUCCAGAUCGAGUGUAAGAGAGUGUCCACUCUCAACCCCAUGUCUGUGGAGUGGGCCUACGAGCUGACCCGGACCAACAUGCAAACACUGUAUGAGCAAAGCGAGUGGGGAUGGAAGGAGAGAGAAAAGAGGGAUGAGAUGAAAGACGAGAGGGCGUGGUAUCUGCUGGCUCGAGACACAGACUCCUCCCCCGUGGCCUUCUCUCACUUCCGAUUCGAUGUCGAGUGCGGGGAGGAGGUGCUAUACUGUUAUGAGGUCCAGCUGGAGAGUAGGGUGCGGAGGAAAGGACUGGGCAAGUUCCUCAUCCAGAUACUACAGCUCAUCGCCAACAGCACACAGAUGAAGAAGGUGAUGUUAACAGUAUUCAAACACAACCACGGGGCAUACCAGUUCUUCAGAGAAGCUUUACAGUUCGAUAUUGACGACACCUCCCCCAGUAUGUCUGGUUGUUGUGGCGACGACUGCACCUAUGAGAUCCUGUCGCGGCGAACCAAACAUGCCGAGGCCCAAGCAGAGGCCCAGGGGCACAGCCACGGUGGAGGAGGGCACUGUGGAGGCUGCUGCCACUGAGGGAGCCUGUUCCUAUUUCACCACUUCCUGCCCACUUCCUGGUCCCACGCUCUAGAAGCUGCCCCUCGUCCGCUUCUCUGCUCAUGAGUCAUUACUGUACCCAACCUCCAAACGCCCCAAAAUCCCUGGCCCCCUCUAUAUCCCACCCUCUCUCUCAUCCGUAUCCCUCUCUUUCUCUCUCAUCCAUAUCCCUCUCUUUCUCUCUCAUCCCUAUCCCUCGCUUUCUCUCUCAUCCCUAUCCCUCGCUUUCUCUCUCAUCCCUAUCCCUCGCUUUCUCUCUCAUCCCUAUCCCUCGCUUUCUCUCUCAUCCCUAUCCCUCGCUUUCUCUCUCAUCCCUAUCUCUCUCUCUCUCCAUACUAUUUCAGUCUUUGAUAAGUUAGGAAUCUGCUUGUGCUCUGUCUAGGCAGCCACCUCUUCAACAGCUUUCUGAACUGUCCCACGGCUCCAUCCCAAUAAUCCUAAUGUGCGAUGUGUUAGCCAUGCAUUCUGAAUGGUAAAUUAGGAUGGAUUGUUGGGACAGAGCCCCACAAAUGUAUUUCUCUUAGUUUGAUCAGGUGUUCUGUAGAUAGUGUCUCUCUCUCUCUCUCUCUCUCUCUCUCUCUCUCUCUCUCUCUCUCUUCCCCAGAGCCUCUGAUCCGUUUCAGUUGAUCUUCUACAGUAUUUUUAAAUGCUGUCUGAUGGCAGGAACACCCGUUGUUCCUACAUUUUUGUAGAGCGACGUGAGAGAUACAUAUAUACACAUUACCAGUCAAAAGUUAGGACGCCUGAUCAUUUGAGGGUUUUUCUUAAUUAAUUUUUUUUUAAAUUAAAAUUCUACUUUGAAGAAUAAUAGUGAAGACAUCACUACUAUGAAGUAACACAUGGAUUCAUGUAGUAACCUGAUUCCCAUGGUCUCCUCUGGACAGUUGAUGUUGAGAUGCGUCUGUUACUUGAACUCUGAAGCAUUUAUUUGGGCUGCGUGAAUCAGGCUGGUAACUAAUGAACUCAUCCUCUGCAGCAGAGGCAACUCUGGGUCUUUCUUUCCUGUGGCGGUCCUCAUGAGAGCCAGUUUCAUCAUAGUGAUGGUUUUUGCGACUGCACUUGAAGAAACUUUCAAAGUUCCGUAUUGACUGACCUUCAUGUCUUAAAGUAAUGAUGGACUGUCGUUUCUCUUUGCUUAUUUGAGCUGUUCUUGCCAUAAUAUGGACUUGGUCUUUUACCAAAUAGGGCUAUCUUCUGUAUACCAACCCUACCUGGUCACAACACAACAGAUUGGCUCAAACACAUUAAGAAGGAAAUAAAUUCCACAAAUUAACUUUUAACAAGACACACCUGUUAAUUGAAAUGCAUUCCAGGUGACUUCCUCAUGAUCUGGUUGAGAGAAUGCCAAGCGUAUGCAAAGCUGUCAUCAAGGAAAAGGAUGGAUACUUUGAAGAAUCUCAAAUAUAAAAUAUAUUUUUUGGUUACCGUGUGUUAUUUCAUAGUUUUGAUUUCUUCACUAUUAUUCAACAAUUAUUCAACAAUUUUUUUUAUAAAUAAUGAAACCCUGGACUGACUUAGGUGUCAACUUUUGACUAGUACUAUAUAUAUAUACACACACGCAGUACCAUUAUAUAUAAUAUAGUGCACUACUUUUGAACAGGGCCGUAGGGUAGUAAUUGUUGCCAUCUCUGUUACGUACAGAAACCUUCAGGUUAUAGUGGCUGGCAGAUCUGGGUUGCCAGAUUGAAGGGUUUCACAUAUAGACACUAGAAACCCACCUCUGUGCUGUGUGUUUGUAUCCCACAUGGCAUGCUAAUGCCCAUAGGUCUCUGGUUAAAUGUAGUGCACUAAGGAAUAGGGUUAUAUUUGGGAUGUCUCCCCAGUGACCGGGAAGAUACUCAACACUGGCAUCUCACCCAGGCUCGAAGUUUAAUGCUUUAUUAAAACGACAAAAGAAACUACAACAAAAAACGUUGACAUUUUUUUUCCUUGUGCAUUGUAUAAAGAUAAACUGUCAGGUAAGUACAAUCACUCGUUUUGUUUUCUACUUUCCAACCAGAUAAUAUUCUACAGACCAUGUCUGUCUCAGGUUCAAAUCCCAACUGACACUAACAACCAUCUCUUCUUCGUGUUUCUUAGCAACUAUGUUACGGUCAAAUAGUUUGGGGGGAAAAAUAAGACGCCCCUAACCACAGAUCUAGUAUCAGAUUUCCCACCUCAAAUUUUACUUUGUCCUGGACUAAAAAAAAAUGAAUGCUUUUUAAAUCCAGGACUAGGCUUCAUCUCGGUCUUGGAAACCGGUGACAACGUUCCUCACCUGAGAUCAGCGGUUAGUUCGGGCAUAUAAAUGGAAGUACUAAAAUGGUCAUAGGCUUCUUCUAGAAAUCCUAUUUUUAUAGGUCAGAGGCAACUUGUUUUAGCACCAACUCUGUUGGGACGUGGGGACAGGGUGGUUAGGGUUCUGAUCCCAGAUCUGUAUCCGCUACCUGGAUUGGUGGCUUUGGUCAGGUGGUGCGGGGACCGCUUUUGUUUAAAUUGAAAAUCCCAUUUAGUUUAGGGAAUAAACGUUUCUACAUAAUUAAGAAAAGAUAAAUAAAUCGGACUUUAGUAUGACCUGUUUGAAUAUUUUCCCUCGUGAUCAACUCUCUUAUUUGUUUCUAUCGAUCAUUGUCUCCUUCUGUCUGUAUAUAAUCUGUUACAGAUUCAUUGGAUUGGUUUCUAUUUGCUUUUUACAGGUAAAACAAUUGUUUAGGUUUUAAAAAAUGACAUUUAAACUCAAUGUUGGACAAUGAGUGUACCUGUCCUGUGACUGAUUUCAUUAUUAACUGACAACGAUGAAAGGAGGGGAAAAAACGAAACGGUCAUUUCAACCUUGUCAGUGUUUUAUUUGUAUGUUACAAAUAAAGGAAACUUGUUUGACUACUG